AUGGUCAACUUAUACAAUCGAUACGCAGUGAACUUCACAGCUCUUUCGCAACAACAUUUUCGUCUUCUCUGUCGACUGAUGAAUCCACAACAGGUCAUCUCAUUGACGCUUACGAACGAGUACGAUGGAUUAAAUGAAAUUGAUUUAUUUCUAUCAAAUGUUCGCCAUCUUCAAUCGUUCAAUCGACUACAAAAUUUAGUUCUUGAGAAUAUCAAUGAAAAUCAAUUGAAUUCUUUGCUGAAAUAUGUCAAUCUGACUUUCAUUACAUCAUUCAGCAUGAGUAUCAGGCAUCCAGGAAGACGAAUUGCCCAGGACACGGAAAAACUACUUAAAUCAAUCGUCACACAACCAGGACUUCGUCAAUUAGAUCUUUCAUUGUUGAAUCUCAACGUAUUACGAACUGACAAUGCUACUGUUUCCAUGGUUCGAUAUUUAGUCGUUCGUCACUGGAACAAGAUAAACGAUCUAUAUCAAAUAUUUCAGUCUUGUCCUCAUUUACAUACAGUUGUUCUCCAAGAAGAUCUCGGUCGACUUGAUUUCAAUGGUGUACGAGAAUCCAAACCACGGAGUGCUUUUCAUCAAAUACGAUCUCUAACUCUUGCGGAGUUUAUGGAAGAUAUCGAGAUACUUGAACUAGUUCUGGCAAUGGUUCCUUCAUUAAAUCACUUGACUAUUAUUGGUCCUUACUCAAAUUUGAACCUUGAUGGUCACCGCUGGCAGCAUCUCCUGGAAAUAAAUCUACCUCAAUUAAAGAAAUUUCAGUUCUUUCUCCGGCCCAUCUACGUUAAUAAAAGAACGUUAGACGAACUCGAGACGUUCAAUGCUACAUUUCAAACACCAUUUUGGAUCGAACAGAAACAAUGGUUCGUUAUAGCUGAAUAUCGAACUAAAUCCUUAUCUAACAUUCACAUUUACACCGUACCAUUAUGUACACGUGAAUUCAUUUGCGAUCUAGAAUCCACUCAACUGCCUUCACUGGCAACAACAAUGAGAAUAGAACACAAUAAUGUUAAAAGAAUAACUGUAGAACUAGGCGAAUCUAUUGAUGUUAGUGCUGAGAGACAAGAAAUAUUUAAUAACUAUUGUUUUGGCAAAAUUACUGAUCUAACACUUGUUUUUCAAUCAUCAUGGUCUGGAUCAUUAUUGCCAUUAACCUUGAUGGCUAUUGAUAUUACAAAUGUAGUGUGUAUGUCGCUAGCUUACCAUUGUAAAAAGUCAGUUAGUGAAGAUGCCUUGAAAUUAGUAUGCUCUUGGUUGGAACAAGCACAAAAUCUUCGCCGUUUGGAAAUCUAUGGAGAAUUUUUGGAGUUCGUAACAAGUUCGCAGCUUGAAAGUAUUCUUUCGAUACUUCAACAUCGACUGCAAUGUUUAGAAAUAAGGAUUAAGCAUUUAGAUCAGAUGAAAAUAUUUCUUGAACGUUGUGACAAUUUGUCAAGACUAAAGUUUCAUUUCGACAAAAAUAUCAGUAAAGAAAUCAAGCAAUGGUUUAAUGAUAAUACAAUCGGUUCAAUAUGUUGGGGCGAAUACCAUUCAGUAUUCGUAUGGCUUGGGAAGUUAAAUACUCAAUGCACAUUGCCUGAAAUUAAUCAGAAACGUAUGAAAGUCGACUCAUUUUCAUAA